AUGCACCUCAAUCACUGUAUCCAGAACAAGGACUCCAUGAACAUUCCAGACCUACACCUUACCAUCACAGCACAACCACCGGAGGAUAUGGAAUCAGAUGAGAUGGCAAUAGCAAAGGCAGUUUCUAAAUGGGUUGGAGAAUGUGGGUUUUCCUCAGAUAUGAACUGUACGGUGCGCAAGCUGAGCAUCACAUGUAACAGUCAUCGAGACAUCAACUACGCUUUCAUCACAUCCUUUGAAGAGCAAGCCAGAUGGCAACAGCCAAAAGAAGGCAACAUCAUUGCCCAACAACUUUGCUCGGCUCCCACGUUGGAUUAUGAGGAGUUCAUCCCAACCCAUAUCAAGAAGAGCUUGAAGUUUGGACUGGUGGAGAUCAAGUCUCACAUCUGGAUCGAUAUCUCCAAGGUUUGCUACAGCGUGUACAAGUGUGGUGCAGACGGUCACUUUGAUUUCAACAACAAGAAUGCUGCUACAUCCACAGAGGGGACCCUUUACCCCCAUGUUGCAGAUGGAUGA